AGUAUCUUUCUUUUGGAAAGAGCAUCAGUUCACAUUCAUUGUGAUCAGCCAGUUGAAGAUACAAGAACAACUAGCAAAAUGUCUCAUGAUGGAAUGUCCAGAGAAGAAUAUGAGGAGUAUCAGAAGCAGAUGGUGGAGGAGAAGAUGGAGAGAGAUGCAGAAUUCAAUACAAAAAAGGCAGAAAGAGCUUGUCUGAGGACUUGUUUAAGAGAAAAAUAUCGACUUCCAAAGAGUGAACAGGAUGAGAUUAUGAUUCAGCAGGCCGGAGAUGACAUUGAUGUGCCAGAAGAACUGAUCAAGAUGGUGGAUGGAGAAGCGCCACAGGAGGAGGAAAAGGAGUCCAUCAUGGGUCAAAUGCAGAACCUUCAGAACAUGGAUAUGGGGCAGCUCAAAGAAAAGGCUCAGGCCACGUUUGUGGAGAUGAAAUCCAAGGCUGAGGAGAAGUGCACUGUCAUGUAAUGUGUUGAGGAAGUCAAAGUUAUCUAGUUGUCUAAUCUUGAUGACUUGCAUUUGCUUUCGCAGUGAAACUAUUAAUAGUUUCCUUUUUCUGAGAAAUAUUGAUCACACUUUAAGAGAUGAAUGUCAUUAUUCAGAAAUGGAUUUGUGAAUUUAUUCUAAGUUCUUUCAUUUGGUUUCUUGUUUUUCUUUUUAAUCAAUUAAUUGUUUUUAUUUUGUUCCUUGUUUUUCUUUUUUAAUCAAAUUGUGAUUGACCUUCUCAUCGAGUAAUCUUGAAUUACAAAGUCAGAGUUAUGACCAAUAUCUACAUGCUAAAAGAUAAUGACAUUUGAAUCAUGCACUUUAUAUUUAAAAAUAAAGGUUAUUUUUCUAAAUAUCUCUUUAAAAUCCAUAUGAAAAAGUGAUGUUUUGAGAUGUAAUGAGGUGACAGGAUUUGUAACAUAAAUGAUCAUUUAAAAUGACUAAAUACUUACAGUCACAGUGUUACAGUAUUUUCUUUACGCUAAAAUAUUUUGAAGGAGCCGUAAUAAGUUAAGUCACAUGAAAGUAAAGACUGAAAACUGUUAGAAAUGAGACAUAACCACUUGAGAUGAUACAUUUUUGCACUGCUAACAUCACCAAAUGCAAAUGCAAUAAGAAUGUGAUGAAUCUAGGAAAUAAUUACUUAUAGUUGAUUUAUAGACUGGACAUUAAUCUAUAGAUUGUAUUUUAACAUGGAAAAUAUCACACCCUUGAACUGUAACAUUCUAAUCCCACAGUCCUUAAAGGGGUACUCCACCCAAAACGACAAUUUUCUCAUCAUUUAUUCACUCUAAUGCUGUCCCAGAUGUAUAUGACUUUUUUCACAACUUUUUAGACUUUUUAACAAAGUGGAUGCUUCAAAAAGCAAACACGACAGUAAUGCAUGCAACCCCAAAUGAUGAAUCAAAGUUCUCUGAAGUUAAUCAAUACAUGUGUGAGAGAAAAAUACUAAUAUUUAUUCAUUUUUUAAACGAUAAACAAUCACUUCAGACCAGCUGUCAUCCGUGUGUUCGCUUUCAUUGUAUUUAUGCAUGAUAUAAGCUCUCUGAAGCUUGUGCGAGAACUGAUGGUCCCGUGUGCUUCCAUGCUUCUCAUGAACCUGCAUGUAACGUAUACACGACAACGUUUUCAAACGAUUCCAUUUACACAUAUCCGCGAAAACG